AUACGACAAGCAGUUUGCAGCUUGUUCGUGAGUUUGAAUACUAAUUAAUAUAUGAUCGGUAGUGUGCUGUACAGUCAUGCACGUAUAUUUUAUUCUUUGAAUCCGGCUUACUUUCGACCAUUUCGACAACAAAACCUAGUCGUAUACAUACAUAUAAGAACUUCUCCCAAUUCCUGCAACCUACGGACUACAACAGAAACACAAGCGAGGAAACAACAACAUUGCCAUUGGUUUCACGGCCGCAUCGAGAAUAAAACUAACCGCCGCUGGCGUUGUCUUGGACAUUUAAGAUAAAUUACAUGAGAAUAUUGAGGAUUUUCUGAACGGAUAUAUAUUAAUGAAUGCAGACACUUGUGUGGACGUUGUAGAGAACAUAUCUAUGAAAAAGGAAGAGAUUAAUACUUUGGAGACAGUUCAGAACUGGACGUUGGGACAUGAAAGCUCAAACGAUUCAACAUGGCAGCCUAUCAACUCUAUCACUGCAUCAGAAGCUGUGGAUGUAUCAGAAACUAUUUUUAAACCUUUUGACGGAAAUAUAUCGACGGCAGAAGAUUCUAACUUAAAGAUAAAUGAACAUGUAUUACAGCAAGAUAAUCACCCUAUAGAUACGCGUCAAAACAGGACAGCAAUACAUGAAAGUACAAACGAUUCAAUAUGGCAGUCUACAACACCAGGAGCUGAUGAUGUACCACAUACCAAUGACAAAAAUAUACCGACAGCCGAAUACCCUAGCAUGAUAGUUAACAAACACAGCUCACAUGAAAGUGGAGACAUUUUGCUUGCAAAACUAAACAUUGAUAGUGACGGGUCUACGAAGAGCGAAAUAAGUGAUCUGGGUACAAGUACGAAAAAUAACGAGAGCAUUUCAACAAAUGAUGAGACUGGCAAUCAAACCGCGGUUGCAGGGAACGAAAAAACAGUAAAUCAAAAUGUAACAACGGAAGUGUUAAGCAAUGUCGAAAAUGUUCAUCACGAUAAAAUAACAACAAAGGAAGUCACAGACAAAUUUUUUGAACCUUCUUCUUCAAAGAGCAAGAACACAGUGGUAGAAGAUGGAAGACACGAUAAUCACCACCUUUGUCAUGUAACUGGUGUGGAUAAAGCAAAUAGAGGAGAAGUGAAUCAUCAGCUAUAUAAUGUAGCUAGUUUGGCAGGUAGAAAUCAUACGACUCGCCACCUUUCUCACGGUUACAAUUUAGCUUGCGGAGAAGGGAUUGUUGCGACUGAUCAGCUGUCUCAUGUAAAUAUUGCAGCAAGUGGAAAAGUCAACUACGCAAUAUUUCCAAACACUUGCCCUCACCCAGGUCAUAUUUUACAUAAAGAUAUAGCGGAUGAUCAACUACAGCGAUAUCUGGAAGAUGCGUGCUAUGAAAGUGAAAGUAUAGCGAAAGAAACUCUUAGUUCUUUCGGCAAUGAAAAUCAGACGCAAGAAAUGAACCUUGACGAUUUCGUGGAAAUAUCGUUGGAGGUAAAAUUAUGGUAUUGGAAAAUUAUAAUUGAGCUUCAAUUUGUGCAUAAAACAUGGCUAUGUCACAAAUUUGAUGACACUUUAACUUUUCAUGUUGUGGUCUAUCACUAAAAACCUCUUACAGUCUUACUUGACUUAAUCUCCGUGUGUACAAACUUCAUGAAAGCACGUCAUUUUGGUUUCAGAGAAUCGUCAAUUUUAUAGAGGACCGAAUUUUAAUCGGAAGAUCUAGCUCAUACAAGAAAACGAGACACUAUAUUAGCAAGGGGCCAAGGCCAUGAACUUUUUGAAACCGAAAACUCUUGAUUUAAUUUUGUGUAGUUUCCAACUUCCCACUAUUCUUUGUUUUUUUUUCUUAUUUUUAAAUAAUGCAAUUUAUGACAGCUAACAAAGCGAUCAUAUAUAUUUGUUUCACUUGUUUUUAUUUAUCCGUUGAACAUUCAAUCGUGUAAACCAAGAGCUAUAAUAAGAUGUGGCUUUUUGUUCCUAGGAAAAAAGAUCGAGCAAUGAUUCUUCAAUAGGAAGAAACCAAGCCCAAGGUAAACCAAGUUGAUCGUCUUGAUCAUGAUCCGAUUAUUAUAUCUUUUUAUAUAUUUAUUGCAUAAAACACAAAGUUAUUAAAAUUAAAGUUUGAAAGUUCAAAACUAAAGUCGACAAUUGAAACAUAUUUCACGCUUUGAAAUCGGAAAAAAGUAAAAGAAAUUAUUUUCUCUCAGAUAAAUAUUUAUAACUUUAUAAUUUUCAUUUUUGAAUUUUCUAGAUACCUCGAGUAUUCAGUUCAAGAGUCAUGGUAAACUAUGUUGUCUCAACAAGUGUUUUAAAAGAUUUCGUUGCACCUCCUCUACCAAAAGUUGAUAUUAUAUCUUAUAUGUUAGUUGACGUUUAUUUACUAAUUCGGUUAGAUCAUUCCAUAAUAUUCUCAAGCCUUACAAAGAAUUAGCGGAGGGCCGCGGAGCGAUAUUAUUUUAUUUUUAUAAGCUAUCCGUCUGAUAUCUUGCUGAUUUGUACUACGAAGCAAACUUAAUUUGUCAAAUAAAAAUUAUUUUUAUAAACA